CACCUUCUUAUUCACUCUGAAGUCCUCAUCUCUCAAUGGAUCAUCUGGAGGGGAAAUAGAAGGUUAGAAGAAACUUUUCCGCCGACUUACCCCAAAUUCUUCUCUCCCUCGUGGAGCGUUUGGAAAAAUUCUUCCGCGGUACAUCUCAAUCACCUUGCUACAUUCUGUAAAUUUUGGCCUGCUUAAUUGAACCGAUCUGAUGGGGCAAUGCUGUAGACAUAGUACAUUGUGGUCGUAUUUCUGUUCAAGGUUAUUCCGUCUGGGCCAUCGGGUGGCAAGUCAUCCUAGUCGACAACUACUGCUCGUGAGGCUGAUACGAGGUGCGGGGCGGAUAGCUUCGCCUGAGCGCUGAUCAAGUGUCUUGACUGUCACGUCGAUUCCCACGAUUGACACGUUGGAGUUAAAUAGCUGGGUUGCUGUCUUCUCCGCUGUAGUAGAUACCAACAUCUUUGAACAUGGCCACGGAUGCUGAAUCUAACUAUGCCGUCUUUCGCGAGUGCGUCUCGAGCGUCAUCAUUGCAAGAAGCAACCAGCAUAAGCCGAGCAGGACAAAGCGCAAAGCCUCCAAGAUAAAGGCUGCCAAACGAAGAGGGAAUUCCGAUUCCACAGAUGAAACCUCACCUCCCAGCACGCCUGCGCCUGCAGAAGAGAACCCAGAAGAACUAGCUGAUUUUAUCGAUUUCGUGGCCACGGAAAUCUUCACCACUCUCCCAACUUCUCUACAAACUCUCUCUUACUCUGCAAUUCAACACUCCCCGGCCCUCUCAACAACCUACUCCCUCCCCCUGACCCAUUCAACCCUUGAGUCACUCUCAAACCCCCUCCCCAGCACAGUAACCGACACUCUGUCAACCUACACCCCAGACCUUGAGUCCCCAUCGCUCCUCAACAAGGUUCUAGCAGAAUAUAUCCCCGCCGUGACACGCCCACCUCCUGUCUGGGCGAAAACACGCGCCUCGGCGUGUGAAAUCUGCGAGCGCGACUGGAUCCCGCUGUCCUAUCAUCAUCUAAUACCCAGAGCGGUGCAUGACAAGGUCAUAAAGAAGGGGUGGCAUGAUGAGUGGAUGCUAAAUAGUGUUGCGUGGUUGUGCCGCGCUUGCCAUAGCUUUGUGCAUCGGAUGGCGAUUAAUGAGGAGCUGGCAAGGGAGUGGUUUACUGUUGAUAGGAUCUUAGAGAGAGAGGACGUGCAAGACUGGGCGAGUAUAUGCUUUAUACAAGAAGUAUUAUCGGAAAAGGGAUGGGCGAGAUUAGAGGUGUCUCUUUUCCGAGAUUUCCUCGUAGCACUGGAUCUGGUCCCCUACUGCGAAAUCGGUCCAGUCCUCGAAGCCAAUACCACACUCGGUGUCUUUGCGCAUCUCUGUCACGUCCUUUUUGACGUUCUUGAGAGAUGA